CCGCAGCAGCAGUCUUCAAACAGCAAAAAGCGUCGUCACGGCUCUAACGUCCCCACCAGCUCCAGUUUCUCCACAAAACACUCCAAUUCGUCCGCCAAUACUGGUUCAUCCCGAAAGGUGAAAAAGGAGGACUACCUUGCGAUGACGCCAGAUACCCAAAAAGACGACACCAACGACACUCCUGACCUUACCAAGGAACUCGACGAUCCAGAACCGCCACACAAAGUAACGCAGGCUGCAGUGACUCCCGGUACCCCACUGCUGCCGUCUCGAGGCUCUCGGGCGUCAAUCGCCACCACUGAACUGGGUGAGCAUCUUCUUGUUUUUUGUUGCAAUGCAAGUUUCCUAGACUCUUAA